AUGUCAGACUCAAGCUCAAUUCCAACUCCUGCACUCCCUUCUUACAGCCAAGUGGCUUGCAUUGGGGCAGGCGCAAGUGCGAUUGCUUUAGGUGCAUCACUGAAAAGAUGGUACGGUUUAGAAGAUAUUCGCUUUUUUGAGCGGCAGACAGACUACGGUGGAACGUGGCAUAUCAACACCUAUCCAGGCUGCGCAUGCGAUGUUCCCAGUGCUCUCUACAGCUUUUCAUUUGCUCCCAACGCACAGUGGUCCAAAUUGAUGCCUUCGCAACAAGAAAUCAAAUCUUACCAGGACGGUGUUGUAGCAACAUAUGACUUGAAACAGAGGAUGACGUUCCGCACGGAGGUCAAACGCUGCGUAUGGCGGGAUGAUGCGUCUCGAUGGGUUCUGUUUCUCCUCAAUGUCGAAACUGGAGAAGAAUCAACACAUGAGUGUCAGGUACUGUUUUCUGCUACCGGUCACUUUGCUGAACCUCGGCCCUGUGAAAUACCUGGAGCUUCAUCUUUCCAAGGCAACAUUAUCCAUUCCGCCCGAUGGGAUCAUAGUGUCAGUUUAGAGGGCAAAAGAGUUGUAGUCGUCGGGAACGGAUGUACCGCAGCGCAGAUUGUACCUGCCAUUGUCAAACGGACCAAACAUUUGACACAGAUAAUUCGGUCCCAACACUGGAUCUUCCCAGCAACUAACUUCACCUACCCGAAGAUCCUGAAAUGGAUUUUUGAGUACAUCCCUCUUGCAUUAAAACUUCAUCGACUGCAUAUUUUCCUUCUUGCGGAGAACGGCUUCCGGAUGUUUCCAAUGACAGAUAGGGCUGCACGGCUGAGACAGAAGCGCAGAAUAGAGGUUGAGAAGUACAUGAAAGAAACAGCGCCGGCAAAAUAUCAUGAUAUUCUGAUUCCAGACUUUGAGAUAGGAUGCAAGCGACGGAUUUUCGAUGACGGAUAUCUCAAAUCGCUCCACAGUGAAAACCUUUCUCUCACAACAGCCAAGAUCCUCGAGAUUGUUCCUGAGGGUGUGAGAACUUCUGAUGGAAUUGUUGCUGCCGAUGUCAUUGUUUUAGCAACCGGGUUCAAAACGAAUCAAUUUACGCCCUUCAUGGAAAUUGUGGGGCGUAAUGGGAGCCUGGAUGACCACUGGAAGAGAUACGAUGGACCUGAGGCUUACAACUGCUCUGCAAUGAGUGGAUUUCCGAACUUCUUCUUGUUAUUUGGGCCCAACGCCGGGACUGGUCAUACCUCGGCGUUGAUGGCUGCAGAAAACUCUGUCAAUUACGCGCUUCGUGUACUGAAACCGGUCUUUGAAAAGGGGGCGGACUCCGUUGAGCUCACACAGGUAGCGGAGGACGAAUAUUCUCAAAGAGUUCAAGAGGCAUUACGAAACCGAGUGUGGAAUGCUGGCUGCCAAUCGUGGUAUCAGAAUGAUAAAAACUGGAACGCCAUGGCUUAUCCUUGGUCCCAGGCCUAUUUCUGGUACCGGAGCCUAUUCCCAAUUAACUCACAUUGGAAUGUUCGGACACGGAACCCCAAAAAGUUUCGGAUUGGCAAGUACUGGACGAUAUUACCCAUCAUUCUUAGUUUGAGUUUCCUCGCAUCCCGCACUGGAAAUACUUUGGCUAUUGGUCCUACGAUACUCGACUUUGGCAAGAAUAUGCUGUCCUCCGUACGACAUGCUACAAUUUCUGGUUUUAAGGAGAGUUUGAUCCGUGGAGCUAAGGGCUUAUUUUAG